GCAAUGUAAAAGUAAUUUUGAUUGGCUGUUGGAAUCGCUGCUUGGCUGUAGCAACAAAUAUGGCGGACGACGCAAGAGAUCAGUCAACUCCAAAGAUUUAAGAUGUGAUCAAUAACUGGAAGUCUAUGCAUUGCUUGCCAUAAAACUUCAAUACAAGAAACAGACACUGUAGUUUAUAAAACCUUCAUGAAAUGAGUUUGGUUUAAGACAGACCAUGGGAAGUGAGUCAAUUUGGAUACCUGGAAGUGAACAGUUUCCUAAGGAAUUAUUGAAUUGUUUAAGCAGCACUACAGGAAAUUGAAGCCCUCUUACAAGAACCAUGUUCAGAAAUGACUUUCAGGGUGGACCGUACUUUGAAAUCUUCAGUGCUCAGGGCAAAGACUCCACAUCUCAUUGGAAGCUGCAGAAUGGCCCAGGAAUCAAGAAGCUUUACGAGAAGGAGGUUAAAGGUUAUGUGUACACGCUGGAAGGCACCUCGGCCACCACUAGGAUACAACUGCCGAGGGACUCGAGACACUCAUUGACGCUGAUUCAGCGCUACCUUGUGUUACAGCUGUACCUGGUAAAGGGACAAGAGUUCUCCAUAGAGCUGGGUGUGACUGACAUGCACAACAACAAGCGCCGCAUCCAGAUGUCCACGUCCCAGAAGGAGACGCAAGUCACGCCACUACAUGCACGGAUCCCACUCAAUGUUGUCCGGAAAGCUGUGUGGUUGAACCUGUGUCUGGACCUUGUGUCACUGGUGGGCGAGACGUGGAAGGGGGAGACGUACCGUGCUAUCGAGGCAGUCGCAAUCUCGGCCAACUGUAAACUGAAGCGAGUGUUUACAAUGAAGGUUCAGCCUCCGGACACAACGGAUGAUGAUGAACUGUAUGGGUGCAGCAACAGUAACCCUGGUGAGGUGGAUCCCAUCCCCAAGCACUGUCAGCUGCCCACCGAUGUCAUGCAGUGUACACAGGUGUUAACUCUCAACAAGAUCAAGCAUGGCGAGAGAUUGAGAGAGGGCAGUGGGACAUUGAGCAGACCUGUGUCUAUACUUAACCUAGACUCCAGCCUCAACAGUCAGAGGUCCUACCACAUUGCAUUUGGCUCCAAGGUGCCGACUGAGGCCGAUACAAGCAGGAAAUCAGCCAGACAGGGCAACUUCACAAACAGGAGCAUGAGGUCAACAUCUUCUAGGCUGGACGAUGGUUAUGGCACUGGCUCCUACUUAGACCUGUCUGGGAGCUCCACGAGUCGGAAUGGUCUACCAUCCACCCGAGACCCCCAGAGGGAUUCCUCUGCAGGGAGUAACACCAGUCAGCCGAGGGGCAACAAGGCCAAGUCCGAACCAGCACUGGUGGAUGAAAAUGAUAAUCAAAAUUUUAAUCAGAAAGGAGUGAAAGAAAGCCCUAUUGUGACACCCCACCCUCCCAGGGAGCCGUCAUCUGACAGACGGAGACGGAGACCGAGGGUGAAGAACGUCGACACUAAGGAGAGGCAGUCCAGUGCUGGCUCCGUCAAAGAGGACCCUACCUCUCUGGGGAGUGACUCAAUGUCUCAUGGCGGGGACAGCAACUACCAGACAGUGACCAGCACUAGUGACCUCUACACCCACAGCGGUGACCGCGACGCAUCCGACUUCUCAUCAGGGGAGGCAGCCACGGUGUGGAACAGCAUAUCAAAGCGAGAAGUGAUCGGUCAGUCCGUCAGCCACAGUGGGGCUGUGGACAAGUCUGACCAUCGUCGCCGGGAGUUCCCGAGCUUACAAGGAUCUAGGAUGGUGAAGAGGAACCCUCUGAGGUCGUCGCAGGACAGAGGUGUUGGUCCCGACGUGCCGGAGAUCCAGACACCAAGAGGGUCAAGUGCAGUGGAUGCGGACGAGUCCAUUAGUGAGGUGAUCGGUCUACUGCAGUCGGACGUCCUGCGUGGGCAGCAGGCAGAGGAUGACGACAGUAUCGACUCCGGGUCCCAUGGGUCUGAGGCCAAGUCUUAUGAGUCCAGUGAGGAAGAUUCCUCAGACCACAACCACCUCCAUGUAUUUUCUGUUGCCCCGACAACUGCACCUCACAGGAACAUGUCUCCCAACACAGCAGAACUUGAUGCCAAACAGGCCAAGAAGGCCCGACCCCAAAGAUCCAACCCAAGGUCAACCCUGGAUUCCCUGUCUUCUCGUGGAGCAAGACUGGAGGACGACUUUGUGAAUGACAUGUCAAGCACUGACGAGGAGACAACUCCGUCUAGACACCGGAAACCAGGGUCGCGACCUCACAGUGGCAGUUCACGCCCUCACAGUGGAACGUCCAGUACAUCGAGUCCUAAAACACGGGAUCAGAGAGGAGGGUCCGGGGGGAAACACAGGGACAGUGGGGGACGAACACGAACAGUUGAUGCAACGCCAAAAGUUUCCAGCAUUAGCCCUGAGCAGCGAGGGCAAUUUAAUCCUGCAUUAUACGCUGACCAGAAUGGCGGUCUGCACGCCAAUGUGAUAUCCAGGAUGAGUCUGAAGAAUCUUGUGCAGAUACCCAGCAAUGAUGCCAGAAUCUCAAAUGCCAACCCUUCGUCGCGCCAGUACGACUUCACCAAGUACCAAAUGGCUGAUGUGACUGACUCUUUCGAGGCCCAGAUGUUCCUGAGUAUGAAGAGACAGCAGGAAGAGGAGGAAGCACCAGACUCCCCCAGGAAAGACCCGAACACCUUCAACCGGAGCCCCCGUCGCUCCCACCAUGAUCAUCUUGCUCCACAGAUGUACUCCGAGUCGCCAACGACCACCAGUGACGACGACACCAGCUUCAGCACUUGGAAGGCACCAAUCCACCAGAUGCCGCACAACUACCAAGAUGAAAUGAAAUCACGACUGAGCAGUGACACGCUAACAUCAUCAAAUCCAAGAGACUGGAGUGGAGUAUACAGCCCCCCGAUUGUCCUGCCUGGCGACCUGAACCACACCGGCCACAUGGUGGAGGAGAUUCCCGAAUCUCACAACAUAGAUUCAUGUGGCCCCCAGUCAACAGGCGAGGACACGGACGAUGAUAAGGUCAACCUCCUGUUUGACCCCAGUCUCAACUGUUACUACGACCCGGUCACACGGAAGUAUUAUGAACUGAAGGGCACACCGGGGAUCGGCUGAGACAUCCCCUAGCAUUCCAGUGUCUUCAGUUACAAUAAUGCUAAUAGUCCACUUAUAUAGUGGAGAAUUCCACACCACAGAGGACUAUUCAAAGCCCACAACAGAUCAGUGUGAAUUCCAAAUGCAUUCUCAGCGCCCUGGGGAGUAUGCAACCAGAAAGAUGCCAUGCAUAUUUUUUCGACAUUCAGUUGCAUCCAUUUGCAGAGACAAGUGGUUGUUUAUUUGGAAUGCAACCCAGGAUUGUUGACUAUUCAAUAGAAUAGAACAUAUUCAGCUCUGUACUCUGUUAAGCACACCUACUUUUGAAAACAAACAUUUCCAGCUGCCUUUAGUAAGCUACAUGUACCUCUUUAAGACAUCCUGUCUGGUUUAUAAUUAUAUUCCAUGAAGUAAUCAGAAGCCUAGUUAAAUUACAAUAAAGUGGAGCAGGUAGACUGUGCACUUAAUACAUGGAAUUAUUAGACAGAUUUCCCUCCGAGAUGUAGAUACCCUGACUAUGUUACUGUGAUAUUUAUUCCAUGACUUGUACAUUCAAGAUAUUUCCUGUUAUCAGAAUAAUCCUUCGUGAUGUUUUUGUACCCACCAAGUGGACACGCUAUUUGUACAGCAAACAUAUUUAUUUUGUUUAAUAUUGUAUACAGAUAUCUAUGUAAUGACAUCUUACAGGGAUUUGAGUGUCAGGGUUAUGAAUUAAGAUACCUUCUUUGAUCAGUUAUUUUUGUAAUUAUGUAAAUUGUACAUAUAAAAUGGAGAUUGAC